GUUAUGCAAAAUAUCAACUAUCAAUUUUUUCCUGAUGAAGAAACUGGUUCAUCUGUUACACACUUUAAGAAUAAACGUGGAAUAUCUGAAUUUCAUGGAAUCAUUGACAACAAUUAUGUGAUUGAACCAUUGUCCAAUCAUCUUCGUAAACGUCGUGAUUUGUUGAAAAAAAAUAAUGCAACCUUUGAAAGUGAUGCCGAAGAACUUCAAGCACCUAAGCUGAUGGAAGAUGAAUUUAUGAAAAUUAAAAGUGUGUCCCGAAGAGAAGUUGAAGAAACUCCAAAAAUAGUAUAUCCGGAAAUUAUAGUUUACGUUGAUGAUGUAAUUUUUAUGAGAUUUGAGAAAGACGUGAUGAAAACAGUACUAUAUACUUUGAGUUUCUGGAAUGGAGUUGAUUUAUUAUACAGACAAUUUGAAGAUCCAAAAAUUCGUCUCUAUAUUAAAAACAUAGUAAUAAUUAAAGAUAUACUAGAAUUCGCUUUUGAAGCAAAUGACUAUUUGUCCACAACUUCUGUAAGAAGACCCGACACUUUAACAAAAUUUUCUUCAUUUUUAUAUGAGAAUCAAUUUUUUCGACCAAUUAGAGAUUAUGAUAUAGCUAUGUUGAUGACUGAACAGACUUUAAUAAAAUUAAACACCAGUCGGGAAUCAACUGGUAUGUCAUAUAAUGCUGGAGUGUGCAAGAAUCAGUCUAAUAAAUACGUUGGUUCCGCUGUAAUUAAAAAUAACAAUUUUUAUGGAGGAAUUAUUAAUGCUGCUCAAAAAUUGGCUCAUAUCUUUGGUGCAAAUAAUGAAGAGAAAGAUUGUCCUAAGAAAGACGGCUACAUCAUGAGUUCUAAUCGUUCUGAUAAAAACAAACUUUUAUUUUCCUCAUGUUCGAAAGAAGCUAUUCGUAAUGUUUUAAGUCAAGAUUUUGCAAAAUGCGUUCAGAAUAAUCCUGCAGAAUAUGAAAAUAAUAAUCAAGUACCAAGAAUGUUACCUGGUGAAUUUAUUACUUUAGACGAGCAAUGCUUAAACCGAGGAUACUAUCAGAAUGUUAAAAGUAAAACAACUUGUUUAGAGCUACACUGUGUCAUGGACUUCGAUUGGAAUGAUAAGCUUUAUCGUUUCGAGUAUAAUAUUCCUACAGAUCGUAUCCCACCUGCGGAGGGAUCUUAUUGUGGUGAAGGAAGGUACUGCAUAGCAGGAGAGUGUGUACAGAAACCUAACAAUUUGAGACGAAUUUCAAAUCCUCAAUUGUUUCGCAAGUCAACCACUGAAACAGCAUCGACCAUUACAGUGGCCUAA